UUUUAUGUUUUCUUUAUACGGCACUAUCUCAUUUGCAUAAAAACUAGCAUGCCGCCAACAGAGACCCUACGUGCGGGCAGCGGAAACAAUGAUCGAAAUGUCACUGGUUCUGAACAAACACAUAUAAUCAGACAAAGCAAUAAAUGCUACGAACACCGCGAUUCCCAGGCCACGGCCAUGUCCGUGGACAACUCAGGUCAAUGGGUUCUGCUGGCUGGACGCGGCCAUUUGGCGCUACAGCGCCUUGGCCAAGACGAUGGCACACUGCGUCGUCACGAACGCCAAUCUAAAUAUGAUGUCUCUGUAGCAGAGUUUGCCAUAUGUCCCAGUCAACGUGAAUACUGUGCCAUCGCGACCAGUCAAAAUAUUGACAUCGUUCAGUGGGGUCCCGCCGAGCCGCACUACAAGGAUUCACUCCGUGGACACACGCGCACAGUUACGGAUAUAGACUGGCACAGCAAGGAUCCCAAUUACCUAGUCAGCUGCUCAAUAGACACGUUCUCACAUAUAUGGGAUUUGCGUGAUCCACGCAAGCCAGCCCAAUCAUUGAAUGCUGUCUGCAUGUCGGGUGCUACACAAGUGGGUUUCAAUCGUGUCUCUGGCCAUUUGCUGGCUGCUGCCCAUGAUGGUGAUCUUCGCAUUUGGGAUAUACGCAAAGGCAGCUGUCCCACGCAUUAUAUAACAGCACAUUUGAAUCGCGUGCAUGGAAUUAAUUGGAGUCACAGGCGAGAGACGUGCUUAGCCACGGCUAGCCAGGAUGGCACCGUUAAAUACUUUGAUGUCCGCAAUCCCAGGCGAGCGGAAAAAAUAAUAACAACGUUAUCGCCCGUUUGGCGUGCCAGAUAUACGCCCAUCGGCAACGGCUUAGUUAGCAUUGUGGUACCGCAUAUGGGUCGUGGAGAAAAUAGUCUCCUGCUCUGGAGCAACAGCAAGCAAACGGACCCAAUUUGCUCAUUUGUAGGUCACACAGAUGUCAUACUCGAUUUUGCCUGGCGACCCAAUCAGGAGAACUCUACAGAAAUCGAGUUGGUGACAUGGUCGCGAGAUCGUACACUGCGCGUUUGGAAGAUCGAUGAUAAUAUGCUAAAACUGUGCGAACCAUCGCCUGAUGAGGAUGAGGAGGUGGAGCGUGCCUCACCACGCUACGAAAACGAAUUGAGUGAUUUGUCAACUGAAUUUAUGAUGCGCCCAAUGACAGCGGCUGCCUCCUUGCCCAUAACCACAGCCAACCUUCAGGUGGGCACAAAUACAUUGCCUAUGGCACGUUCACCCAGCUUUGGCGGUGUCUACGCGAGAAGGGAGGAGACGCAUAUUGCACGCUCGCUAACAGAUCAGCCAACGUGCUCGCUGCAGCAUGAAUUCUCACUGUUGAAUACGAAUAUGCCGCAUGUAGAAGUGGACAUGCUGUGUGCGAUAAAGCGUUAUGCUUGUUUUAAGAUCUGUGCCGCGGAUCAUACGAUCAUCUUGCAGGUGACCUUUCCCACUGCCUAUCCGAGUCCAAAUGUGCCGCCCGAGUUUCAAUUUUGCCAGGGCACAACGCUCUCCAGCGAGCUAAGCAGCAUCCUACUCAAAGUGCUGCGCACCAAUGCAAUGCAGCGUGUGAAGAAAUCGCGCAGCUGUUUGGAGCAAUGUCUGCGUGCUCUCGUAGCCGCCAUGAAGAAACGUGUCACAGAUGUCGCUGGCAUUGGGACAGACCGGAGUCAGCUGUUGCUGCAGUCGCCUAGAUUGGAGGGCGCCUUGUCGAGCGCCUUGCAUGAUGCCUGCAUCCCUUUUCCACGCACCUCGGGCGUUCAUUUCAAUGCCAUUGGCAUGCUGACCACCUUUGCCCAGGUGUUGAGCACCAAGCGUCUGACUUUGCGCCAGCAGAUGCAAUCCUUUACACCGCGCACCUUGAGCGUCAUCAAUGGUAGCGGAUUGUUGGGCAAUGUGAUGGCCACCACGACCAAUCAGCGCGAUCCGAACGCCUCGUUCUAUUUGCAGGAGCGUAUGAUCGCCUGCAAACGCCUGCAGGGCAAGCAACGCGUGAUGCGUCAAAUCAAUGGCACCUCACCCGUCGUCCAUGUCUAUGAUGCCAGCCAGCUGCUGCACAUAAAUCGCGAAAUGGCACGCGAUUUUGUGCUGGACAAGCAAAACAUAGCGGCAACGUGUCGCCGCAACGGUGAAAUCUGUCGUGCAAAUGGACGAUCAGAUCUGCUGCCCAUUUGGCUGCUGGCGGAGUUGAUAGCAACGCCUCACUCGCCGCACGAAUCGAUGAGCUGUGAGCUGCUCUUCUAUAAGGAUCCGUUUAAGAAAUCUCUGCUGGAAUCGCUGAUCAUGCAUUAUGCCACCGCUGGUGAUGUACAAAUCGCAGUGCUACUCGCCUGCCUUUUCGACAAGUGUCCCGCUGCUCUGAUGGGCGUCAUGGAUGUGGCUGGCUGUCGGUUGCCCACACAGCUCCAUGCGCAACGAUCGCCUUAUCAUACGGUGCUGCCCCGUUCGUCCAGCAGCAAUUGGCAGCAGUUAAAGCAGUUGCGUAGCAACUCUUGGUCGGAUUCGUUGGAUUGGGUGGACUUUAAGCUGGGCCAGACAGAUGCCUAUGCAUGCUCUCUGAUCCGGCGCACUAAGAUGCCGCUCUUUGAUCAGUUCAAGCGCGCCUAUGCGGAUGUGCUCUUUGGUUGGCAAUUGCUGUCCAAGCGUGCGCUGAUCCUCAAGCACACCCUGCAUACACCAGCUCCCACGCAGGGCGUUGAGUUUGUCACCGAAUGCAGCGGUUGUGCCAAGCCCAAACGGACGCCCAAAUGCGAGCCGUGCAAGCGACCCGUUCUGUAUUGCAUUCUCUGCUCCUUGCCGGUGCGAGGAGCAGCCAAUGCUUGUCUCUCCUGCGGCCAUGGCGGGCACAUGCAGCACAUGAUGAAGUGGUUCGAGCGCCACAUCGUUUGUGCCACGGGAUGUGGCUGCAACUGCUUGCAGCGCACCUCCGAGCUGCUUGCUCUAAUUAGCUGAUCAUCGAAGACGAUCUCGCGGAUCUCAAUCAACG